AUGGAAAGGAAAGCUGUUUCUCCCGAUUCUUCGACUCAACUCGCUGAGAAAAGUAAGAAGUCUGCGAAACGAAAGCACAAACACCGGUAAAUACCAUAAAUAUUUUUGUAAACAAACAUCUUUCAGUCAUUGCCUUGAAUUCAGAAUUUGUCAGAAAUCGCAGUCUGAUAGUUGUAAAACCUCAAGAAAGCUCUGUGACAUAAGCUACGAAUUAUUUCGACAGUGACAGGAAGAAAAGCAAGAAGGCAAAAUCUUCCAGUCCAUCCCAGGAUAUCGAGAAUAAUGAUAUCAAUACGAGGAGUAAAAAUAACAAGACCAGCAAUGAGAGGAUCAAACAUCUUACAGAGUUCCUAGAUGACAGAAAAGAACUUCACAAUCAGCUGUUUACCAUCGUUUCUAAGAAAGAAAUCAAGGAAAUGAUGCCGGAAAUUUUAAAGGUAUUGAAUAAAAAGGAACACGAAUCAAUAUAACUGUACCUGGUACAGUAUAGUAUAGGUUCGCACAAGUGAAACGUUUCUUAUCCUUUUAACUCCUGAGAGUGACUAACAUAUAAUUUCUCCCAACAGUAUAACCCUUGCAUCACACAGUAAGGUCGUGAGAAUAAAGGAAAUGAUCACUAACUAAAUAUUCUCUUGAUUGAUAAACAAAUUCUCCUUGCCAGCACCUUAGGAAAUGUAUAGAAAACAGUAUGGAGAAUAUGCACACUGAUGUUGGGUUGUAAAGGGUUAAACCAGAUAAGGCUAUGUUGUUGUCUAACCAACCAGCUUGUAGGAAAUAUAUGGAGAACAGUAUGGAGAUUAUGCAUACUGGUGUUAGGGUGUAAGGGUUUAAUCUCAACUCUCACCCCCUAAUUCAGCCUCACCGUUUAAAAAACUUCUAAGGAGAAUUAGUUUAGAGGUAAAAAGGCAUAAAAACAGAUGGAUGGGAGGCACUCAAGACUAUCUGUAAUGUUGAAGCAAGCAUAUGAGACAGAGCUGGGUAAGAUUUCCCCAUAGCCCUGCACUUCAUUAUUCAUACAGUUCUUGGAUAGAGAAAUAAAUGAGGAAAACAAAAAGUUGCCUUUGGAACUAAUGUGUUACUUUAUAAUAGCACAGGCCAAUAUGGAACCCUUUCCCACAAUAUUAUUGUAAAAUUUCUCUAGCCAGAAAGCAGAUAAAGCUAUGUUUUUGUCUCAUCAAACUUCUCUGUCUCGUUUGCUCCCUUUGACUUUACAGAUUGUCUAAGGUGCCUUGCAUCCAUCUUUUCUAUAGUCAUUUAGUUUCCUCAAUCAAUUUUCCUCAGAAGUUGUGUGAACUGUAAAGCUGAUAGUUGUUGAGAGUUAAGAAAAUUAUAUAAUUAAAGAUUCUUAAGCUCACUGAGAAAUCUAAGAUCAUUUAUUUAUUUAUUUAUUUGCCACAAAAUAAAGUUUAAUGGAAGUUUCUCUGCUUUGCACUCACUACCACUUUUGUUUCAAGACUUUUCCCCCUCUGGAGUUAAGUGCAUCUCCCCCCCCCACCUUUUUGAGUCCACAAUCACCUUUACCAGUGGUAGGAUGGUAGGGGGGUGAAUUUGCAAUGGGGUGAAACCUGCAGUUACCAAAACAAAUUGCUAUUGAGAACUCCUCCCUAGCAAUCCUCAUGAUGCACAGAUCCGAUACAAUUGAACUUCCUUCUGCUUUUGUAGAAGUUGAGUUUCAAGGAAGUAAAGAAACUCUGUUCAGAGCAACUUGAAUCAUUUUCAAAGACACAGCUCAAGAUUAUCAUUACUGGAAAAGAUAUGGCUUCUUCUGAGGAUGAAAGUACCAAAAAGGAAGAAAGUGUCGAUGAAACACAGUUGAAGAGACAGACCAUGAAUGAGGACAGUAAAAGAGUGGAGGUAUGUAGACAGACUGUUAGCAACUGUAACUACAUCACAAAACAACCAAUUAAUGAAUACAUUUAAAAUAUUAUAAAAAAAACUGUGAAAGGAUGAAGUAACUUUUAACCCUUUAAUUCAUAGAAGUGAUUAACAUGUAACGUCUUCCUAUAAUAUCCAUGCAUUGUCCAGCAAACAGGUAAUGACAAUACUCAAAUUUAUCAGGUAGAACUUGUUAUCUUGAUCUAACACCAAAUUCUAGUAUGUAAUUUACAAGGGAAUGUAGCAGCUUGAGGGGAGAAUUUACAAUCAGAUUGUGGGAGGGUUAAGGGAAGUGAGAUACAUCAAAUAUAAUUCUGACUAAAUGCUCCUUUGUUUAUGUUGGUGUUUCAGAGCAAAAUAAGUAAAUCAAUCAAAGAGGGGAAAGAUGAAGAAAAGAAGGAGAAAGAUAUGAUCAUUUUCCAAGAAAUGAUCACAAUUCCCAACCAAGAGGAAAUUGAUGAACUUGUGGAAGGUGAAUUACUCCAAGGCAUUGCAAAAAUCAUUUAAGUGCUGUAAUUUACCUUCUAGUUCUCAGAGAGAUUGUUUGCAAUACUCUAAAAAUAGCUUUUAAUUCCUCAGACAUGUUACUACAGAAAAAUACAAAUGAGUAGCUAUGAACCCUCUACACCCUAAUAUCAAUAUCUAUAUUCUCUCUGCUCUUCUCUAUACAUUUCCUUUGGUACUGACAAGGAGAAUUCAUGAAACAAUCAAAGCUUCUUAGGUUGGUGAUCAUUUUCUUCAUUCUCAUGUUCUUUAUGAAUAAUUCAAUAGUAUUUCUGUAAGGAAAAAUUAGAUGCUGGUCAAUGUUAGUUAAACGUGGGACUAAGCUUUUCUUUCACUCUUACUUUUGCUCAGACGUGCUGAUUUCUAGUCUUCUAUUCACCAGGGAACCGCACUGCUCAACAGCAAACUACAGAAGAUACAUCACAUCCUGCAGAAGGAACCGUAAAUGAAGAGGCAGAACUGAAGGAACUUGAAUUCCGUGCACGGGCGCUUGAGUCGCUGGUCCGCGCUCGUGAACGUCAGAUGAGGACAUAGAGGUGCCAUAUUUGAGGCUAUCGCUCAAGCCCAAAAACUCAAGUCCCAAAAGAGGUUUCAAAGAGCAUAUUUGAUUGAGGCUCAUAUGGACAACGAGAAUUUGUCGUUGAGAUAUGAUCGUUAAGUUACUGUUCCAAUAAAAAACUUCUGAUGAACUAGCCAGAAGAAUUAGUAAAAAAGACUCAAGGCUUUCUAAGAUAAAGAGCUUUGUCAGCCUGUGUAAGUCUGGAUAACGAACUUUGCGAGAUAAUGAUGAUGACGAUGGAGGUGGAAGUGACGAGAAUCGAAUUUCAAGUCCAUUGAAGUAGAGUCGUCUGUUUUGACAUUGUUUUCGAAUUAGACAUAAAGUAACGAUUAGUACGUAACGGGUAUGAACUCAAGGAAACUAUUCAGUGUCUAAAGAGACAGAACUGGGAUUGAGAACUGAGUUAUUUUCCUCAUGUGGUUUCUAACAAUUAAAAACGAC